GUCGCGUCGCACCCGAUUCGGCCGGCUAACCGCUGCCUCCGUCUCCCACAAAACCAUCCCCUGGAGGACCCAGGCGGCUUUGCCGAGAAAAUAGUAGAGCCCUCUCCCCCUUCAAGAAUAUGGAGAGGACGACCUUCGUCGUCGAUCCUGAGCGAAAAAGAAAUCAAGAAGAGAGAGAUCUCAAAAAAUAAAAAGAAUUCCGGUCUCUUCUCACAUUGUCUUCCUCUCUCGCCAUGGAAGCUCUCACCGAGCUCUGCGAUCUGGUCGCCCAGAACCCGGAUCUCUUCGCCGACAAGCUCGCCUGGAUCUGCGGCCGCUGCCCCCCUACGGCCCUCCUCCGACCCCUCCCCUCCGCCGGCCCCGCCGGAGGCGGCGGGCGCGUCUCCCGCUCCCACCUCCACGCCCUCCUCGCGCUCGCCCGCUUCUUGUCCCGCUGUCCCUCCCCGCCUCCCCCCUCCGCCCGAUCCCCCCUCCUCGACUUCCUCCGCGUCGUCCCCUCCACCGCCUUCCGCUCCUCCUUCUGGCCCCAGUCCUUCCCUCUCGACUCCAUUGCCUCCUUCUUCUCCGAUCUCCUCCGCUACGCCUCCCUCGCCGCCGACCGCUCACCGGAACUCGCCUCCGACCUAUCUGCCUUCCUCGGCGAAACCCUCGUCUCCGCCACCCUCUACGCCGGGGACGACCCCGCCAUCGCCCGCGCUUUCCUGGCUGCCGUCGCCCAGAGCUGCCCCCCCUUGAUCCCGGCCGACGCUGAGCGCCUCGUCGGCAGCCUCCUUGACCAGUUCGGCCCCCCUGCCGACGAGGCGGCGACAUCUUCCUCGGAGAACUCCUCGUCCUGGAGCUCCUCCGCCCAGAGCACGCCGUCCAAGGGGAAGGCCAAGGAGGAGGACAGGGAGGUCGCGGAUGAUGGGACGAGCGUGGUGUCUUCAUCGUCCAAGGAGAAUGAGGGCAGCGGCAUUUCCCGGAGGAGCAGCGUGGAUCGGUUGGGGACCACCGGGGGAGGAGGGGGGUCGCCGGCGGUGAGGCAGGACGUGGCGGCCUUCGAGGAGGAGUCUGUCGAGGGAUUGGAGAAGCAAGAGAUUGCCUUUAGGUUGUUCGGGCAGGUGCUGGAUAGGGUGGGCGUGAUCAAGUCCGGGCAAGUGGAGCAGGUCAGGAUGGUGGCGGCGAAGCAGCUCAAAUCUCUGCCAGCAUUUCUCAAGAUUCGAAAGCGUGAUUGGAGAGAACAGGGAGCACAACUGAAAGCUAGAAUAAACACGAAACUUUCCUGCUGUCAAGCAGCGACCUUGGUGCAAAUUAAGAGUCUUGUCUCUUUGGAUUCGGUUAACAAGUCCUCCAAAGAUGUGUUGCGUCGGACACUUGCUUUGUUCCUUGAUGCUGCAGAAGCAUGCAUACUCUCUUCAUGGCGAAAAUUGAAGAUAUGUGAGGAGCUGUUCAGCACAUUGCUCGGUGGAAUCAGUAAGAUAACUGUCUCUCGUGGGGGCCAGCUGCUCCGGGUGUUGCUAAUUCCCUUGAAGCCUCUUGUUCUGACUACAUGUGCUCAGGCUGAUAUGGUGCGAAAUAAUCAGGGGGCAAUGUUUGAGACCGUCACAAAGCUAAGCUGUGAAAUUAUUGAGUUUGGAUGGAGUAAGGAUAGGGCUCUUGUUGACACAUUUAUCAUGGGUUUAGCUGCGUGCAUCCGCGAACGAAAUGAUUAUGAGGAGCAGGAUGGGAAAGAAAAACAGGCUGUUCCUGUUGUGCAGCUAAAUCUUAUACGCUUACUGGCUGACUUGAGCAUAUAUGUUAAUAAGUUGGAGGUUGUAGACAUGAUAUUGCCCCACUUCAUUGAAAAUCUCGAAGAGGGUGAUGCUUCAGCUCCAAGUUUAUUGCGUCUCCGACUACUAGAUGCAAUAUCACUUAUGGCUUGUUUGGGAUUUGAGAAGUCAUAUCGCGAGACAAUUGUUUUGAUGACAAGAAGUUAUUUAGAAAAAAUUAAAGCUUUAGGAUCUACAGGAAACAAUACAUCACCCCCAGAAGCUACCACAGAGCGAGUUGAGACUCUUCCUGCAGGGUUUCUUCUAGUUGCUUCUCGUCUUGCCAAUCCAAAACUGAGAUCUGACUGUCGCCAUCGGCUAUUGUCUUUGUGCUCUGAUGUGGGUCUCGCUGCUGAAUCUAAAAGUGGGAGGAGCGGAGCUGAUUUCAUGGGUCCACUACUUCCGGCGGUUGCAGAAAUAUGCUCUGAUUUUGAUCCUUCUUCUAAAGUUGAACCUUCACUCUUAAAACUCUUUCGCAAUCUGUGGUUCUAUAUUGUUUUAUUUGGGCUAGCACCUCCUAUUCAACAAAAUCAGGUUCCGACAAAAUCUGUCUCCACUUCGUUGAAUAGUCUGGGAAGCAUCGGUACAAUUGCUCUUCAAGCUGUGACUGGCCCGUACAUGUGGAAUAGUCAAUGGUCUGUAGCUGUUCAUCGCAUUGCACAAGGAACACCGCCUCUGGUUGUUAGUUCGGUGAAAUGGCUUGAAGAUGAGUUGGAACUAAAUGCUCUCCACAACCCAGGUAGUCGUCGAGGUAGUGGCAAUGAGAAAGCUGCUGUAGGUCAAAGAACUGCUCUUUCUGCUGCUUUAGGAGGUCGAGUCGAGGUAGCAGCAAUGAGCACAAUUUCAGGUGUUAAGGCUACAUAUCUCCUUGCAGUUGCUUUUUUGGAGAUAAUACGUUUUAGUAGCAACGGCGGAAUACUCUCUAGUGACUCCACUAUGACCAUGCCAAAAAGUGCAUUCAGUUGUGUAUUUGAAUAUCUACUCACUCCAAACUUGACGCCAGCUGUUUUUCAGUGUUUGACAGCAAUUGUCUAUAGGGCUUUCGAAACAGCAAUGGCGUGGCUGGAGGAAAGAAUAUCUGAUAUAGGAGAAGAGGCUGAGAAAAGGGAAUCAAUACUUUCAGCACAUGCAUGUUUUCUUAUAAAAAACUUGUCUCAAAGGGAUGAACAUGUUCGUGAUAUCACUGUUAACAUAUUAACUCAGUUGAAGGAAAGAUUUCCACAGGUUAGUGCUCUCUUCCUAAGGUAUGGCAGUUUUGCUAAUAUAAUUUCUGAGCUUUUGUCGGGUCUGCUGAAGAAAAAUUCUUUGACGCAUCUGCAGGUUUUGUGGAACUCUUCAUGUUUGGAUGCACUUCUCUUUUCAGUUCAUAAUGAAUUGCCUUCUUCUCAAGUUAAUGAUCCUGCUUGGAUUGCCACUGUACGUUCUUUAUACCAAAAAAUUGCUCGGGAAUGGAUCACUACAGCACUUUCAUAUGCUCCAUGCACCAUACAAGGCCUUCUACAGGAAAACCUUUGUAAGCCAAAUGCACUGCAAAGAACACAACAUGCAUCAGAUGUGGUUUCUCUUUUGUCUGAAAUUCGUAUUUGUACUGGGAAAAAUGAUUGUUGGAGUGGCAUUAGGACAGCAAAUAUUCCUGCAGUAAUGGAUUCUGCUGCAGCAGCAUCAGGAGCAAAAAAUGAAGAUCCAGAAGGUUGCACUCUGGAAGUGCUCUCAACUGCAAUAGUGAGUGCAACAGUUAAGUGCAACCAUGCUGGAGAGAUAGCUGGUAUGAGAAGACUUUAUAAUAGCAUUGGAGGUUUACAAAUGGGUUCACCUCUAAGUUUGGGAGUUGGUCCACAAUCCUUAAAAGCAAGGGUGCCCUCUUCACAAUCACAACUUGAAAAAGAAUCAUUUAACGAGCUUCUUCUUUUAAAAUUUGUUGAAGUUCUUCAGCAAUUUGUUGGUACCGCUGAGAAAGGUGAAUCGGUGGAUAAGACUUCAUUUCAUGAAACAUGUUCUCAGGCUACUGCAUUACUUCUUUCACACAUGGGUUCCGAGUCAAAAUUAAAUCUAGAAGGAUUCUCACAGCUACUACGACUUCUUUGCUGGUGUCCUGCUUAUAUUUCAACACCAGAUGCGAUGGAGACUGGAAUAUUUAUUUGGACAUGGCUAGUUUCUGCAGCACCUUCACUGGGACCCCUGGUCCUUGCUGAACUUGUUGAUGCAUGGUUAUGGACAAUAGAUACAAAACGUGGAUUGUUCGCAUCAGACAUGAGAUAUUCAGGUCCUUCUGCAAAAUUGAGACCUCACCUCAUUCCUGGUGAGCCAGAGGCACCUCCUGAAAGGGAUCCAGUGCAAGGACUAGUUGCCCAUAAACUCUGGCUUGGGUUUUUUAUUGACCGUUUUGAGGUAGUUCGACAUGAUAGUAUUGAGCAACUUUUACUUCUAGGUCGAAUGUUGCAAGGAACCAUGAAAUCCCCUUUGCAUUUUUCUCACCAUCCUGCUGCUGCUGGCACUUUUUUCACUGCAAUGCUCCUUGGCCUGAAGUUCUGCUCAUGCCAAUUGCAGAGUAAUUUGCAGAACAGUAGAAUGGGGCUCCAACUGUUGGAGGACAGGGUUUAUCGUGCUUCCUUGGGGUGGUUUGCUUAUGCACCUGAGUGGUAUGAAACAAAAAGCAAGAGUUUUGCCCAAAGUGAAGCUCAUUCUGUUUCAUUAUUUGUUCAUCAUCUUUUAAAUGAGCGAGUGGAUGCUGUUCCAACUGAUUCAUCUUUAAAAGGACGAGGGCGUGAAAGUGAAUUGAGUAGCAUGACGGAUCUGUAUCAUCCUGUUUGGGGCCAGGUGGAUAACUAUGCUAUUGGACGAGAGAAGAGGAAGCAGUUACUUAUAAUGCUUUGCCAGCAUGAAGCUGAUAGGCUUGAAGUCUGGGCACAACCUAUUAAUACAAAAGAAACCACAUAUUUUCGUACUAAAAUUGGCUCAGAGAAAUGGGUUGAGCAUGUCAGAACUGCAUUUGCUGUGGAUCCUCGCAUUGCUUUCUCCCUGACUUUGCGGUUCCCUACAAAUUCAUCCGUGACAAUGGAAGCAACUCAGUUGGUUCAUAAACACAUAUUAGAGAUUCGCAACAUACCAGAAGCAUUACCUUUCUUUGUUACCCCAAAGGCAGUGGAAGAAAACUCAGUAUUGUUGCAGCAAUUACCACAUUGGGCUUCUUGUUCCAUCACUCAGGCCCUCGAAUUCCUAACUCCUCCAUUCAAGGGCCAUCUGCGUGUCAUGGCCUAUGUUCUUAGAGUUUUGGAGUCUUAUCCACCUGAUCAUGUGACAUUUUUUAUGCCACAGUUAGUACAGGCUCUUCGAUAUGAUGAAGGGAAAUUAGUGGAAGGAUACUUGCUUGGAGCUGCUCGAAGAAGUAACAUAUUUGCUCAUAUUUUGAUAUGGCAUCUUCAGGGUGAGUCUUGUGCUGAGGAAUCUGGAAAGGAUGUUGGUGCUGCAAAGUGCAAUUCCUUUCAAACAAUGCUUCCUCGUGUUAGACAGAGAAUUAUUGAGAGUUUCAGUUCAGAAGCCCUUGACUUGUUUGAUAGAGAAUUUGACUUUUUUGACAAGGUCACAUCUAUUUCUGGUGUUCUAUUUCCCCUACCUAAAGAAGAGCGCAGAGCGGGUAUUAGAAGGGAGCUGGAGAAAAUUAGUGUGGAGGGUGAGGACCUUUAUCUACCUACUGCUCCCAACAAACUUGUUCGAGGCAUUCAAGUGGACAGUGGGAUUCCCCUUCAAUCGGCAGCAAAAGUGCCUAUAAUGAUUACAUUUAACGUGGUGGAAAGGGAUGGAGAUCCUGGUGAUGUAAAGCCAAUAGGUUGUAUAUUUAAGGUUGGAGAUGAUUGUCGACAAGAUGUUCUUGCACUUCAAGUGAUAGCUCUCCUCAGGGACAUAUUUGAAGCUGUUGGAUUGAAUCUUUAUUUAUAUCCUUAUGGUGUUUUACCAACUGGACAUGAGAGAGGCAUAAUUGAGGUUGUUCCUAAUACUAGGAGCAGAAGCCAAAUGGGUGAAACCACUGACGGUGGUUUGUAUGAGAUUUUUCAACAAGAUUUUGGACCUGUAGGAUCUCCCACUUUUGAAGCUGCCCGUAAAAUGUUUAUGACUAGCAGUGCUGGUUAUGCUGUUGCUAGUCUCUUACUUCAGCCGAAGGAUCGGCACAAUGGCAAUCUUCUUUUUGACAACAAAGGAAGGCUUGUUCAUAUAGACUUUGGAUUUAUAUUGGAGACAUCGCCUGGAGGCAAUAUGAGGUUUGAAAGUGCCCACUUCAAAUUGAGUCAUGAGAUGACUCAAUUGCUUGACCCUUCGGGAUCAAUGAAGAGCGAUACCUGGAACCAGUUUGUCAGCUUGUGUGUGAAAGGCUACCUUGCAGCUCGGAGGCAUAUGCAUGGAAUUGUAACCACCGUGCUUUUGAUGGCGGAUAGCGGGCUACCCUGCUUUAGCAGGGGAGAUCCCAUAGGAAAUCUCAGGAAGCGAUUCCAUCCUGAGAUGAGCGAGCGUGAGGCUGCUAACUUCAUGAUACGGACUUGCAAUGAUGCGUACAACAAGUGGACCACCGCGGGCUACGACUUGAUACAGUAUUUGCAGCAAGGUAUCGAAAAAUAGAUUCAUUACUUGCAGGUAUGUAACAUUUUAGCUUCCCUUCCAAUGACUUGUAUCUUGCAUAACCUUUGGUAGAGGUUUUGUGGCUUGAUGAGAUUGUGAAAAUUUGGAGUGUUGCUCGAAUGUGUCAGUACUACCAUGUGUCACGUCCAUUAGUGAAAGCAUAGAUUCAUGUGAGUCUGGUAAGCCUUGAGGAUUUGAGUGUUUCUUCUGGCCCUCAUAGUCAUUUGUUACUAGACUCUGCCUUCGUUACCAGCCUCGAAUUAUUGUGACAAUAACUUAUCCUUCUGCACCCAGUAACCAAUAUAUGCACGAUAACUUCAACUUAUGAAUUGUGCGAGGAAAGUCUAUGAGAAAAUGGUAGACAUGAGGAAUCGAAAAGGGGGGAAAAAGCAACUCAGUUGCUUUGCCAGGCAUGAAUCCACUGUGGCACCUUCUUAAAAAGCAAUGUUGGCACCCAAGGAAAGCAAUCAAGGUGCGACUGUUUCUUUUUUCUGGUGCAAGGGGAGAGAGUUUAGAACAGUGUAUUGAUUUGACAAGAGUAAUCAAGGUGCGAAGGUUAUUAAUUAAUUUAGAUUUUUUUUUAUGAGUGUAAGGGAGUUUUGAACUGUAUAAUUUGGUGUAGUUAUUGUAUGUGGCUAUAUGUCUGUGUAACAAUCAGUGCAGUGUGUUUAUGGGGAGACAUACAACUUGUGUUUAGUUCCAUAUUAAUUAUGCAUUAGAUAAAUUUUGAGUGUA